AUGGCGACCUCACUCCUUUCGCAGAGUGUCCGACCUGCGCUCCAAUCUCCCGAUGCCUUUUCCUUUGUAUGCCGCACCUGUCAACGUAACGCCGCCACUUAUCGCCGGACGAGAAAACUGCUCCGCGUAAAAGUCGACCCAUCAUUUGCUCCAUCCAAGACGGAGGCACAAGACCACAUUAUCUUCAACCCUCCAUCGAGCGCGCCGAGUCCAUACGAUACCCCUCCGAAGUUCCUUCCCAAGUCCGAUCCUCGAUGGGCAAUGUACAGCGCCGCCGCAUCAACACCUGCCGCGUCGACAACGACUCCCGCCUCUCCCGCCGCACCGACAUCAAUACUUGCAUCAAUAGCAGCGAAACGCUUGGGAAUGAAUGGUCCUCCCGUCCAAUCGCUACCUCCUGUUCGACCUCGAUACGAGAAGAAGUAUCACCUCACACAAGAACAAAUCGAAGAGAUCCGCAGAUUACGGAAGGAAGACCCGCGGCAAUGGACGCGAGUACGAUUGGCGGAGAAGUUCGAAUGUUCUCAGUUCUUCGUCAGUCUGUGUUGUUCAGCACCGGAGAUCAAGGAUGAGCAGGACGAGGAGCUGGCGAGAUUAAAGGCUCGGUGGGGACGCAGGAAGACGGAGGCGCGCGAGGCGAGGCAGGAGAGAAAGAAGCUUUGGGGACAAGAUGCUUGA